GUGACUCUCACCAACGUUUCUCUUGCGAGUUUCAGGGAUCGAAUAUUUACUCCUCAGAAAGAGAGAGAGAGAAGGAGAGAGUAAAAAAAGAAAAGUUUCUGUUUUGUUUCGAUAAGAAAGGCUUCUCUUUUUUUGCUCUUGUUGUUGUAGCUGAUCUUUGUUUGUUAGUUGGAGCGAGAAAUGGCAAAGAAUGUGGGAAUUCUUGCUAUGGAUAUCUACUUCCCUCCUACCUGUGUUCAACAGGAAGCAUUGGAGGCUCAUGAUGGCGCAAGCAAAGGAAAAUACACCAUUGGACUUGGUCAAGAUUGCAUGGCCUUCUGUACGGAGGUGGAAGAUGUUAUCUCAAUGAGUUUGACAGUUGUUACUUCACUCCUUGAAAAGUAUAAGAUUGACCCUAAACAAAUUGGCCGUCUUGAAGUUGGCAGUGAGACUGUGAUAGACAAGAGCAAAUCCAUUAAGACCUUCCUGAUGCAAAUCUUUGAGAAAUGUGGAAACACUGACAUUGAAGGGGUCGACUCAAGUAAUGCAUGCUAUGGAGGGACUGCAGCUUUAUUCAACUGUGUCAAUUGGGUGGAAAGUAGUUCAUGGGAUGGACGAUAUGGUCUUGUUGUUUGUACUGACAGUGCGGUCUAUGCAGAAGGACCUGCCCGGCCUACUGGAGGAGCGGCUGCAAUUGCUAUGCUGGUAGGGCCUGAUGCUCCUAUUGCUUUUGAAAGCAAAUUAAGGGGGAGUCAUAUGUCUCAUGUCUAUGACUUUUACAAGCCCAACCUUGCUAGUGAAUAUCCGGUUGUUGAUGGGAAACUUUCUCAGACAUGCUACCUCAUGGCUCUUGAUUCUUGCUAUAAAUAUUUCUGUCACAAGUAUGAGAAACUAGCGGGCAAACAAUUUUCCCUUUCUGAUGCUGAGUAUUUUGUAUUCCACUCUCCAUAUAACAAGCUUGUGCAGAAAAGCUUUGCUCGUUUGUUGUUCAACGACUUCCUGAGGAAUGCCAGUUCUGUUGAUGACAUUGCUAAAGAAAAGUUGGGACCAUUCUCAACUUUGACUGGUGAUGAAAGCUACCAAAGCAGGGAUCUUGAGAAGGCAUCCCAACAAGUUUCAAAGCCUCUCUACGAUGCCAAGGUGCAACCAACCACUUUGAUACCAAAGCAAGUUGGCAACAUGUACACCGCAUCUCUUUAUGCUGCAUUUGUGUCCCUUAUUCACAACAAACAUAGUGAAUUGGCUGGAAAGCGGGUGAUAUUAUUCUCGUAUGGGAGUGGUCUGACAGCAACAAUGUUUUCAUUGCGACUCAAUGAAGGUCAACAGCCCUUUAGCCUAUCGAACAUUGCAACAGUGAUGAAUGUUGCUGGAAAAUUGAAGUCAAGGCAUGAGUUUCCACCUGAGAAGUUUGUUGAGACUAUGAAGCUCAUGGAGCACAGGUAUGGAGCCAUGGACUUUGUGACAAGCAAGGACUGUAGCCUUUUGUCUCCUGGAACAUACUACCUCACGGAAGUUGAUUCCAUGUACCGGAGAUUCUAUGCAAAGAAGGAUGGGGACUUUACUGCCUGUGAGAAUGGUUCUCUUUCCAAUGGUCACUGAAGGAACAGAUUUAUCAUCCCUAAUGCCACGAAGGUGGCUCUCGUCUUAGAUGUGUUGCCAGUACCAAGAACUGGGUCCCAUGUGUAUGUUUAAAGCAAAAUAGUUCAUUCAGCAGCAAGUCCUUUUUCCCUAUUUUAAGCUUAAUUUCUUUUUUCUCCCCUUCUUUGUAAUAAGUUUCUUCUAGAGCCAGUUUACUUGUGUUAAAAACAAAAGUAGUUGGCAAUUUAUUGAUGAUUAAUUAUACAAUAUAUUUUUGUUUCUGCAAA